AUGGACGGCGACAUGGACGACGCCGCGGUCAUACUGGCGCUUGCGCGUCUACGACUGGAGCUCGACGCGGUCGAGGCAGACACCAAGGCGAUUCGAUAUACCCUGGACUCGUUUAGCGUGGACCCACUCGUGCUCGUCGCGGGAAUACAGAACCAGAUGGAGGAGCAGGCGGACAUGACCCAGAAACACUUUGACGUGCAGAUACGCUUGAUGGAGCCGUUUUCCGGCGCAGACGUGGUGGCGCGGAUCGAGGAACUGAAGGAAUGGGAAACGGUGCUGGUCGGUGAACGUGAGAAGAUGCAUGUGGAGACUGGGCCUCAGGUGCGCGAGGAGGUGCCAGCGAAGGAAGGGAGGAAGACAGCGGCAAAGAUUACUCGGUCUGCACCCACUGCUCGCCCGCCUCCAAAAACCUCAGCUGCAACGAAGAAAUCCACUUCCAAAUCCCUUGCGACAAGCAAAGCCCCCACCCCUAAAAUUCUCACCGCCAAAUCUCUUCCCCCCAAAGCGCCCCCGAAAAACCCCACACCCAAAGUCUCUGCUAAGGAGCCCGCCUUCAAAGUCUCUGCCAAGGAGCCCGCCUUCAAAGUCACCACCAAGGACCCCGCGCCGAAACUCGCCCACUCGAUGUCCCCCAAAACUGUCUCCCCAAAGAAGCCCUCAGCCUUCAAGGUCACUACGCCUUCUACAUUCCACUCUCCACGCACUCUCCCACCGAAGGCCGCGAGCUCUGCCGCACGCUCGUCGCUUAUGCCCUCGCCGCCAACCGGGUUCUCGUCGUGGACGGAGGUUUACAGCACGGGCAGCAUGCUCGAGCUUGCCAAGGCGGAGGCACGGCUCGAUCGCGGCGACAACCCGGGCGGGACGUCAUCUUCGUCGGCGUUCUCAUAUGGGUCUGUAACAGUCGUGCCGAACCCAUGCAACCACUGUGUGUUCCAUGACAUACCGUGUCUCCGUAUCAGCAAAGAGGUACGCGGCGGUGUUACGCUGCGAUGUGUCCUGUGCCAAGCGAUGGCGUCGAGCACAAGUUGCCUAGGGCUGCCAAAUGCGCCGAAGCACGCGUAUGCGGACGCCGUCGCGAAGUAUCACAACUAUGCGAUUAAAACGGGGCACCGUCCAGGCGUGUGGAUGGGCCCAAAGGAGCCGGAACUCGACUUUGACAAAGUGCUCGAGGAGCGGGCGGAGAGAGCGGCGAAGCAGCCGAUUCCGCCGCCGCCGGAGGGAUUUGACAGCUGGUCGGAGGUCUACGCGGACGGGAACAUGCGCGUUCUGGCCAAAGCGCAGGCAAGGAGCGACCGCGGGGACAACCCGUGGGGGGCGAUAAACGGCCCGAAGAAUCGGUGUUUGUCGUAUGGGAGUGUGCGGGUACCAGAGGCGCCGUGCAAGAAGCCUCGCGCGGGGGGCGAACUGUGGCAGGCACAGCGCUGCAUCGUCUGCCAGGUCAAGUCUAGCCAGAGUUGUGUCCCCGCGGCGGACGCGGAGAAGCAUAAGUACACCGACGCAGUGGUCGCCUACCACAAUCACGCCAUAUCCAUCGACGCACGGCCGGGGAUGUGGAUGGGGCCCGGCGUGCCGCAGCUCGAUUUGCGCGCGCCGCCGCCGGGGCUGCGCGCGAGCAUGCGUGGGAAGAGAGGGGCGGAGGAGGGGCUAGAGGAGCUGUCUCUUGCGGGAACGGAUGCGCGGCCCGAGGCAAAGCGGGUGAAGAUUUCGGCGUCGGUGGCAGUGGCAAUGGAGGCGGAAGGUUAG